AUGUCAUCUGAUAAAACGCCAUUUUUCAAACAGGGGGACCCUCUGUUUCGAUACAUCACAGAGACACAAGGUGAUGAAGUGUACCCGCCAGAGAGUCCAGCAGCUUACAAACCAGGAGCAAGACAUCUUAGUGAUGUCGAACUAGCACCAAUGUUGCAUCGUUCCAGGACCUUCUGUGACUAUUUAAAGCCUAACAGGGAUCUUGUUGUGCCUAUUAGCGUGAACAAUCCGAUGCAGGCAAACAGGAGAUUGAGUGUAGUCCCCGGUAACGAUUUCGAUCGAUUGAUUGAACGGGUUGGUUCGUUAAAAUCGCUUCGUCCUUUCAAGUUAAUUGGGAAAAUGGGAAAGCGUGUUGAUUGGGGAAGCUAUAAAGUCGAUACGGAUUCAAAGCUGAUAAAGAACUCCAAAGUUAGAGAGUUUUACAAAGAACAAAACGAAUUGAUUGAAUGCUAUGAAGAUAUAGAUCUACUAUUGGAUACAGGCGUGCAGUUUGAUAUGGUCCAGAGCUAUGCAGAUAACACGUCAUCCAACACAAGUGAGGAGGAUUCUGACAGUGGACUGGAAAAUGAGAAUCCAAUUGAAGUGGACGUGAAGAGUGAACGAUUGACUCUUCCAAUAACAUCGUUGAAAAUGAUGAAGAAGUCAUCCAAUGGAACGACCAAUUCAAGUGGUAGGAAACAUAUCAACAUAUCUGCCGUCCCUGGUAACAUCGAUAUUGAGGGAGCUAAAAUACUAGGCUACGGUGAUCAUCCUAGUUCAAAUGUGGUGCUUUAUGCUAUAUAUUUCAAUUUUGUUCUUAAUGUGAUUUUGCUAGUAGGCAAGAUUGUUGCGGUCUAUUUGAGUGAUUCCAUGUCACUUAUAGCAUCUCUAGUUGACUCUUCACUUGAUUUUCUAUCCACAAUGAUUAUCUUCAUCUCAAACAAAUAUGCGGCAAAACAAUCAACAAAAUUUCCUGUUGGUCGGAAGCAGUUGGAGCCGAUUGGUGUUUUGGUGUUUUCUGUGCUUAUGAUCCUAUCCUUUUCUCAAGUUUUAAUAGAGUCAAUCAAGGAACUCGUUGAUCUUGGCUCUCCACACGAAGUUACCAGAAUUUCCAUGACUGCAAUUAUUAUUAUGGUGUCAACUAUAACUUCAAAAAUUGUUGCAUAUCUGCUUUGUAAGUCUGUUAAGAAUUCUUCGGUUCAGGCGUUAGUUGAAGAUGCUAAGACUGACAUAGUCUUCAACAUUUUUUCCCUUCUCUUUCCGGUUCUGAGUCUUGUGCUCAGAGUAUGGUGGAUCGAUUCCUUGGGGGCGUCUCUGUUAUGUAUUUACGUUAUUUCCCAAUGGGCUGCAAUUACUUUUGAACAUAUCGAUCAUCUAAGCGGUUCACAUGCAAGUAAGAAAAAUUACCAACAAGUCCUAUACAUGGUUGCAAGGUUCUCAGAGGAAAUUGAAGGUAUUAAAAAUUACCGAAUGUACCACGUUGGCGACUUGGUCAACGUUGAAGUAGACAUUGUUUUGCGGAACUCUAAAAUGUCUUUGAAAGACUGUCAUGAUCUAGGUGAAUCACUCCAAUACGCAAUAGAAACAUUACCAUAUGUAAACAGAUGUUUUGUCCAUAUCGACUAUAAGAUAAGGAAUUAUCUUGGGCAUAUCUCUUAG